GGCACGUUUCAUUGUUUCAGUGUAAUCCUCACAGAUUCAGCGCCAGGGUAUAAGAGCUGAGAGCAGAGUCAGACACAAACACUCUCAGAGUGAACCCUGGGUACGGACACACACUCACUGAACACACAGGCACCAUGUCUUCCAGUGGAGAAAAAAAGACUGCCUCCCAGACCGACGGCAAGGCACCCCAGAGCAAGAAGUCUGAGAUGGGCAUGAUGUCCUACAGGAUGUAUGUGUUCGACCAGGAAAACUUCCAGGGACGCAUGAUUGAGAUUAACGCCGAGUGCAUGAAUGUUUGUGAAAUGGGCAUGGACAGAGUUCGCUCACUACGUGUGGAGUGUGGCCCUUUUGUGGGCUUUGAGCAGAUGAACUUCUGCGGUGAGAUGUACAUCCUGGAGAAGGGUGAGUAUCCUCGUUGGGAUUCUUGGAGCAACUGCCAGAAGAACGACUACCUGCUUUCCUUCAGACCCGUCAGAAUGGACCCUGAGAAGCACAAGAUCUGCCUGUAUGAGGUGGGCGAGUACAAGGGCCGCAAGAUGGAGAUCAUGGAUGAUGACGUUCCUAGCCUGUUCUCCUAUGGAUUCACCGACAGAGUUGGCAGCAUCAUGGUCAGCUGUGGAACCUGGGUGGGCUAUCAGUACCCCGGAUACCGUGGCAGCCAGUACCUGCUGGAGAAGGGUGAAUACAGACACUUUAACGAGUACGGCGCCCGUUGCCCUCAGUUUCAGUCUGUGAGGCGUAUCCGUGACAUGCAGUGGCACCCACACGGCUGCUACACCAUGGCCAGCAAGUGA